UUGUCCCACCCCUACUAUUUGGUGAUUGAAGGGUGCCUGCUGAGGGCUUUGAAAGGAGCUUGGCAGUUUGGGGAUCACAGACCUAGAACCCUCUUCUGCCUCCUACACUGCAUGAACAGCAAGGUCUGGGGCUUAGGGAGAAACUCCUUCCUUCAGGGCUAGCCUCUUGGGCCCGCACUCCGCAGCUUUUCUGAUCUGGCCCCAGCCUUACCUCAGCACCCAGUUCCAGACCUAUGCUGUACACUCAUCUCAUGGACAUGUAUCUGUACCACUUUCAAGUCUAUGCUCUUGUCCCUUGGCCAGGACAGCCCUUCCUCUCCUUUCUGUGCAAGUUUGAACUUCUCUGCUUUUCUGGAGCAUCUCCAGUCUUGCCCUUGAUAGCGUUGGCUCAGCAAUGAGCUGCCUCAGCAAGCAAAGAGUUGAAAUUCACAAGCUGCGUCAAGGUGAGAAUUUAAUACUGGGCUUCAGCAUUGGAGGUGGAAUUGACCAGGAUCCCUCCCAGAAUCCUUUCUCAGAAGACAAGACAGAUAAGGGCAUUUAUGUCACACGGGUAUCUGAAGGAGGCCCUGCUGAAAUUGCUGGGCUGCAGAUUGGAGACAAGAUUAUGCAGGUGAAUGGCUGGGACAUGACCAUGGUCACGCACGACCAAGCCCGGAAGCGGCUCACCAAGCGCUCGGAGGAGGUGGUGCGUCUGCUGGUGACGCGGCAGUCGCUGCAGAAGGCAGUGCAGCAGUCCAUGCUGUCCUAGCAGCCUGCUGCGGUCCCUGACUUGUGCCUGCCUGCCUGCAUUGACGCCACCACGCUCUGUUUGCCCCUCAUCUUGGCUUCUGAUGUGUGCUGGGCCCCAGCUCCGAAAGGCCAGAGCUGGUCCCAGAGGCCUGUCCCUGGCCUGACUCGGCCUUCCUUCCCCUCUCCCACCACUGGCUUGAGCCCUUGGCUUGGGACCAGCUCUCUCCUGCAGACACUGACGGAAAUUAAGGGCCUGGAGUUGAAUUGUAUUCAGUCUGUAGUGACCACAGGUUUGGCCCGCAGACUCUGCUGCUGCAUGGCCUCAGCAGUGACCAGAUGGGCAGAGGCCCCACUUCAUGAGAGCCACCACAAAGUCGGAGGAUGCCAGGUGGGGCCGGCCUUUCCCACACUCAGUCCCAACUGUAGGGCUUGGCCUUGUCCCUGUGUCUCAGCUCUGCAGUGACCGUGCCCCAUGUUUUUCCCUGCCUUCCCCGGCAGGGACUCGACACACUACCAGAGGUGCUACAGAGGUUUGCCCAUGUGGAAGCCAGGCAGGCUCACAGUUCACCCCAUUACACCCCAUUUCCCCGAGGGGUGCUGACCUCCCCAGGGUUCACCUGCUUACGAGACUUAGAUGAAAUUCGAGGCUGACAUUUCAGGGCAGUUCUGAGGAUUGCCAUCUCUAUGCCUGUGCGUUUAACUUUAUAUUUUUUUAAUCACAACUUUGAUACAAAAGCAUUUUUAUCUUACUGUUUGGAGGUGCCAAUUCUACUUCUGAAUUUAGCUUACUAAUUCACAUCUGGGAACAAGCAUUGCUCUGGUUCCUGUGGAAAUGGGGCAGUAUGAAGCUGCCCAUACCUGACAUCUUGUGCCCAAAUAAAGUGCUGGAAUUCAUAA